GGGCUCCCCCCGAGGCCGGGCAGCGGCCAUGUGUCCUCUGGAGUGUGAUUAACACCCCGUCGCCAAACCUCCCCCCCUCCCGGGGCCAUUUGGGGCAUGCACGCGUCCGCGCUCCGCGUUUACACUGCGGCGCCUUUUUGUUGAUGGCGCUGGCAGACGAGCCGGGGGAGGUGGGCUCCGCCGCCGCGGGGUAUAAAAGCAGCCCCGGGCAGGGUGAGGAGAAGCGAGGCGGUGACGGGAGCCGUGUGGUGGAGCAUGGAGGUCGGCGGGGUGUGCUGCGGCCGCCCCCGGGGCUUCUCGCCCCUCUCUUCCCCAUCUUCCCCCCCGCGCCGCUGCCGCCGCCAUCACAGCGUCCCGGCUCUCACGGCCCUGCCCUCGCCCCGCAGCCCCGCGCCCUUCUGGAGGCCCUGGCUGCCCGGCCCCGCUGUGCCCCGCAGCCCCUGCGGGCUGGCGCAAGGCUCCCGCAAGCUGGCGCAGUACGCGCACCCCGUCAGACUAUUUUGGCCCAAAUCGAGGUGCUAUGAUUACUUAUAUCAGGAAGCUGAAGCACUUCUGAAAAACUUUCCAGUUCAAGCUACAAUUUCCUUUUAUGAAGACUCAGACAGUGAAGAUGAUGAAGAUGACCUGGAACAAGACUCAAGAACAGAAUCAGACUGCUGACUGCAAGAAAGGCCAACCAAGGAUACUUCUAAGUUUUAAUUUAAGCUUAAUAUAAACAUGUAUUAUAGUAUUUUUAAAGAUAAUUUAUUUGUAUGUAAGUUAUUCUUAAUAAAACUUGAAUGUUUUGUAACUUUA